AUCUAUCGACAACAAUGUCUGGAAUCAAGGGUGGACAAGGCGCACAUGGCGGACACGGUGGACAUGAUAGUCAUGGACAUCAUGGUCAGAGUCAGCAGUGCAAAGACCCAUGCCAAAAGCAGGAUCCAUGCAAGGAACCUUCCAAACCAGUGGUGCAUUGCCAUGACAAGAGCCCAAAGUGCCAUAAGCCCGAUCCCUGCCACCCAUGCCAUCCUGAUCCCUGCCAGACCCAUCACAAGUGAUGCAAUAAGCGGAACAUGAAGAUCAAAUCCUGGUGUCAGUGCCAGGGAUAGCAACAGCUAAAGCAAAUCAUUCUGCAUGUGCAAACUUAAAUACAA